UCGCGAUAUGUCGCGGAAGAAGGCGGCUCGCAGCAAGGGCAGCGGCGCCGCGCCCUCCGCCGCGCUGCCCCCCGCCGCUCCGGGACCGGGCCCCGCUUCCCCCGCCGGUGUCCCGCAGCGAGGCUCCGCAACCGGUACCGAGCUGCCCCGCAACGGGGCGGCGGCCACCGCGCGUCCGUCGCUGAGCAGCAGUGGCGAGUUCUACGAUCUCGCCUUCAAGGUGAUGCUGGUGGGUGACUCAGGGGUGGGGAAGACCUGCCUGCUGGUGCGCUUCAAGGACGGAGCCUUCCUGGCCGGCAGCUUCAUUUCCACGGUCGGAAUCGACUUCAGGAACAAGGUGCUGACAGUGGAUGGGGUGAAGGUGAAGCUGCAGAUCUGGGACACAGCCGGGCAGGAGCGGUUCCGCAGCGUCACCCACGCCUACUACCGGGAUGCCCACGCCCUGCUCCUGCUCUACGAUGUCACCAACAAAGCAUCCUUUGACAACAUCCAGGCUUGGCUGACAGAGAUUCAUGAGUAUGCACAGCAAGACGUGGUCCUCAUGCUGCUGGGGAACAAGGUGGAUUCAGCCCAGGACAGGGUGGUGAAAAGGGAAGAUGGAGAAAAAUUAGCCAAGGAGUACGGAGUGCCCUUCAUGGAGACCAGUGCCAAAAGCGGCCUCAAUGUCGAGUUAGCAUUCACAGCCAUUGCCAAGGAACUGAAGCACAGGUCCAUGAAGCUGCCCAACGAGCCCAAAUUCAAGCUCCACGACUACGUGAAGAAGGAAGUGAGGGGUUCAGGGUGCUGCAGGUCCUAAGGCUCUGUCUGGGGGGUGUUUGCACAAGGACUCACGCCACGUGCUUGUGCGCCACGCUCUCUCCUCGUGGGUGGUGUCUGCAUGUCUGUCUGUCUGUCUGUCUGUGUGUCUGUGUCUGCCUCCAAGGGGAGCUGAGCCGUGGGCAGUGGAAGCUGCAGCAGCAGCAGGGAAGGUUCCCUGGGCUGCGGGUGGCUGCUGGACACCCUCUCCCUUGGCACUGCCAGCCCCGGGUGCUCCCUCACACCCGGCGGGUGGGAGGUGGGUGCUGGGGAGGGGGCUGGGCUCUCACCCUGUCAGAGGGGGGUCCUGGCUGCCUCCAAACCUCAGGAGUGGUCUGGGGCUGCUUGGAUGUCAGGAGGAAUUGUGGUGGGAGUUUGUGGAGUGAGCACCUUCUCCCUGGGCAGGAAAAAAGUCCCACAUUCCCUUUUUUCUUUCCCUUCGUACCUGGAAUUCAGCUGCUGAGCCCUGGCCUGGGGGUGCACAGGGAAGAUUGGGUUUUGAGGCAACUGUUUCUUGGUUUUGGGGUUUUUUCUAGCUGCUCACUUGUGUCUGUCCAUCUCUUGUGUGGUGUGACACCUCCUGGGUGAAGGUUCCUCCUCUUCCUCCCUGUUCCUCAGUGAGCUCCUGCCAGGGGAGAGGCUUUGGUUCUUUUACUGUCAUUUCUGGUACUUUAAUGGAGAAGAAACCUGAUGUAUUGCAGCUUGUUCUAAACACCUCCAUGUCAGUAGUGGUGCUUUUAGACUGCAACACCACUUUGGUAACUUCAAAGUUCUCCUGGGGCAGCUCUUGAGCUGAGGAGAGCCAGGGGGAUGCUUUGAUUUUGCAGCUUUCAGGCUCUCCUGCCAGCUCUUCAGUGGAUUCUGCACCCCUUUUGGUCUCUGGCAGGCAUUUGGCUUUUUUAAUUUUUUAUUUCUUAAAGCUGCACUUCUAAGGACAGAUUAGAACUGGGAUGAAGUGUUUGGCCUUUGGCACAUCUCUUGACAAUUUCCCAUGCAUGACACCAGGGUUAACCCCUCCUCACCCUCCUGCUCAAGCAGCCACCUCCCUUCUGUACUCAGGGGGGGGGGUUUGCUCCAAUGCCCAGAAAAAGAUUUUUUUUUUUUUUUUUCAUUUAAGAUUUGUUUGCAAGUAGCAACAGAACCCAGAGGAGGCUCUGCAAGCACUUGGGUGCUGUGGAGAAGCACACAGGGGCUAUGAAACUGUUUCUUGCCAAGCAGCAAGAAGGCAAAAAAAUAAGCAGCAACAUUCCUCAUGCUCCUGAUCUUCUUCAGGCUGGGACCAAAACCAAUUUAAAACAGAAUUUAAGUAAGGAAGAUAUAAAUGAUGCCCUUCAGAGUAAUUUAUAUAUGCCUGGUGGGAGCUCACUCUGCUACAGCAGGGUUGUUACACCUGAAGUUAAGCCUCAGCUUUGUCUCUCCCACUCCCUGUUCACCGAUGGUGCCCUGAAGCUCCUCAGAAUAAUUCGGUAUUUUCACACAAGCCUUUACUGCCCCCAAGUGACCAGGAAUUAAUUGCUCAGUGCACUCUGCAAGCCCCAGGACCCGGCAUUAUGUGCAACUCUUCUCAUUUUUUGCUGGCUCUCGUUUACAGCUUUUGUUUCAUUUCUGUUAAUAAAAUUUUUUUAAAGAA